AAUAUUCUUGUGUCAAUUUAUAUAUUAAAUAAAUGUUUGAAAUGAAUAAUCUUUUAUAUGUGUAUGUAGUGAUUGUGCUACUUGCAAAUGUUGAGUGUAGGAGAGCUGGUGGCCGAAAACCAGGUAAUUCCAAUUCCAGACCAAAAACAACAUCCCAGCCUAAAUACCAAACUGAAAAUACAGGAUUUAAGGAAAAUGGGGAAACAGUGAAUACCCAAAUUAACACGAAAUCACAGUAUCAAAAUCCACUUCCCUCAGCCCCCAAGCAAACUGAUUAUAAUCCAUCUCAAGGAUCUCAAGGAAAUUCACCACCUCCAUAUGGAUUUCAUCAAUCCGUCCAUGGUCAAGGGCAAGUGCCAGGAAAUAAUGCUCCAUCAAAUGGAGGAUUACAUCCUCCACCUUAUUCCCAGUAUCCUCAACAGGGACAUCCUCAACAGAAUUAUCCUCAACAGGGAUAUCAUCCUCAACAGGGAUAUCACCCACAACAGGGAUAUCAUCCACAACCCAACGGAGUUACGAUUAUAAAUAAUAACGGAUAUGGUGGACCGAUGUCUUCACCUUAUGUAUAUCAUUCACAUGACACCGGAAGUGGAGCCUUGGGCUUUUUCUUGGGAUAUUCUUUAGCGAAAAUAACAACUCCCACGUUUUAUUCAUCUAAUCAGUUUUAUGACGGUUAUAGCCCCAGAUAUGACCACUAUGAAGUCCACCAUUAUUACCACAAUAGCGACACAGUUGAAAAGGAAAAGGUUAUACAAUCAAACGUCAUAGUUACAUGUGUAGGUGAUAGUGGGAGUAUUUGUCCAGUUAACACGACAUCACUAUGUACUAAUAACGGGGCUAUUAUGUGUGUCGCCAGUGCCUUAUCAACAGUCCCUUGUAAAGAUGAGAAAGACACAAAUUGCAUAAAAAGCACGAUCCCAUGCCUAGGCUCAAAUGACACGAAAUGUAAAGACACUAAUCAGAAUGUUACCACAGUAAAUAUACCUUGUUUAUCGUCGGUCCAAGUUAUUGGUAAAAUUUCGUAUGCCAACAACUCUAUUGUAAACAAUUCAACUGAUACAAAUUCCACAGAGGUAAACAAUAUUGAAAAGUCAAUCAAUGUAACAAGCACUUCGGCAAAUGAAACAAUGAAAGACGUAACGACUCCUUCAUCAACCACAACAACUACAGAGACUGUUAAUAAUCAGACUCAAAACUUUUGUGUUACAGUUUUGGCUUUGCCUGCCACAAGAAAACAAACUGAAGGCGAAAAAAUAUUUGAUGAGGCAGAAAACAUUUUUAAUAACUUUAUUGAAAAAGCAUUUGGGUUAUAAUCAUAUGAGAUUAGUGUAUCUAAAACUUAAUUUAUGUCAGCGAGGAUAUAAAAAUUAUUUGUUUGUAAUUGACAUAGAGAGGCAAUUAAUAUUGUUUUUAAUUAUACUGAUUGUGAUAAUUAGUACUAUUAUUUUUGAACUCAUACAUCUACAUAUAUUGUGGUCCAUUGAAGAUGGCUAACAUUUUUAUUUAUCACUCGAUUUUAAUGGAUUGUUAAAUUCAAAAUACAAAUAAAAAAAACUACUUGGAUGUGUUUAUCUUUAAUGGACCACACUGUAAGUUUAUAUCUACAUUAACCUUUAUUAGUAUAAAAGUUCAGUAGUGCAGUUAUUGAUGUAAUGACAAAGUGAUAAUUUUAUUAAAUAUUAUUUACCUUGUUCCUGCA